CGAACGCCAGCCGUGUUUCGAACAGUUGACAGCAGACUCGCUCUCGCUCAGUCCGUAUCGAUUCCUGCAAUCGAAUCGUGUUGCGAUACGUAGUCGCGUGCGGAGUUGAUUUUAGUCGGUCGCUUUUCCUUUAUUCCAGCCGCUCGAUCGUGAAAAUCAUCGCGAAAGUCGUCCCGUCGUACUUAUGGUACAACCUUUUUUUUUCGACGGCUCUUGGUUUCUCCCUACACAGUGUGUUCGUCUCUGUGUGUGUAUGUAUGAAUGUGUGUGUAAUUGUGUAACGGGCUAGAUGAAUCACGAUCGACGAUCGCAGAGGGGCAUCGAUGUGGCAGUGAAAAAGAAGCGUGCAGCUGCAAUUAUUGCCCCGAACAUCAAUUAAUGUUGUUCCAAGCUUCUGCUGUGUGUGUGUGUUUGUGCUAUAUGUGUGUUGUUGCACUGUUACGGCGGAAGUGAAAAACACAUCACACCCAAAGCUCUAACAUUUCUAUCGAUUCCUAUUCCAUCAUCAUCCACAAAUCGAUUGCUAUCUUUCUCUCUACCAUUGGUACCGUGUGUAAUACAAUGAUCUGAUUAUUUCAAUAUUGUGUGUAUCGACAGCCCCGUUUCGCUGCCACAGUAAGCUUUAGCCCUGAUAUAGUGUGUGUGUGUGUGUGUGUACAAUCAUAGUGCAAAUUUUUACAGUCCUUCACACGUGAAGUGACGACUGCCGCCUGAGUGUGUGUACUUGUGUUUGCAGCAUACAGUGUUAGCUCGACGCAAAAGCCGACGAUCUAUAUAGUAGUACCUCACACAGCCGGUUCCCCGGAUUGUUUUUGUGGGGCCAACCACCUCUUUGUGAGCGCAAGUGACCCCUGCUCGGCAGUGAACUACCACAAGCACAGCUCCAGUAGCGGAGCCGAAACGAACGCCGUAACCCUGGACACCGAUAUGAUGAAAAUGGAUACGGACAAAAUCAUGGACGACGGGAUCAGUAAUUCACAGUACACCACCCAGAUACUGUACGAUCCGGCGAGGAAGAAAGAACCGUCGCCGACGUUUCAAACCGAGCGCGAUACCUGUCUGUCGUACUUCUCCAAAUGGAACGAGGCCAACCAGGUGGACUUUGUCGAGCAGCUUCUCUCCCGCAUGUGCCAUUACCAGCACGGACACAUCAACGCCUACCUGAAACCGAUGCUCCAGCGCGACUUCAUCACACUGCUGCCCACAAAAGGAUUGGAUCACGUGGCAGAAAACAUUCUCUCCUAUCUAGACGCCAAGUCGCUGUGCCGGGCGGAGCGCGUUUGCAAAGAAUGGUCCCGCGUCAUCUCCGAAGGCAUGCUGUGGAAGAAGCUGAUCGAACGAAACGUCCGCACCGAUUCCCUCUGGCGGGGGUUGGCAGAACGCAAAGGAUGGAUCAAAUAUCUGUUCAUACCGCGGCCGGGCGUCACACUGCGACAGCACAAGUUCUACCGCGAGCUGUUCCCCAAGAUCAUGAAGGACAUCGAGGCGAUCGAGAACAACUGGCGCACGGGCAAUCACAACCUACAGCGAAUAAACUGCCGGUCAGAGAAUUCGAAGGGCGUCUACUGUUUGCAGUACGAUGACGACAAGAUUGUGUCCGGGCUGCGCGACAACACGAUCAAGAUCUGGAGCCGCUCGACGCUGCAGUGCUGCAUGAUUCUUACAGGACACACUGGCUCGGUGUUAUGCCUACAGUACGACGAUAAGGUCAUCAUUAGCGGGUCGAGCGAUUCGACGGUGCGCGUGUGGGACGUGAACACGGGCGAAAUGGUCAACACGCUGAUACAUCACUGUGAGGCGGUACUGCAUCUGCGCUUCAACAACGGCAUGAUGGUAACCUGUUCGAAGGAUCGUUCCAUUGCCGUGUGGGAUAUGGUGUCGCCGACGGAGAUUGGACUGCGGCGCGUCCUGGUUGGACACCGGGCGGCCGUCAACGUGGUCGACUUCGACGAGAAGUACAUCGUGUCGGCGUCCGGCGACCGCACGAUCAAGGUGUGGAACUCGACCAACUGCGAGUUUUUGCGCACGCUGAACGGCCACAAGCGGGGCAUCGCCUGCUUACAGUAUCGCGACCGGUUAGUGGUCAGCGGUAGCUCGGAUAAUUCGAUAAGACUAUGGGACAUCGAGUGUGGUACCUGUUUGCGAAUUCUCGAGGGCCACGAGGAGCUCGUUCGCUGCAUUCGGUUCGAUUCGAAGCGCAUCGUUAGCGGGGCGUACGAUGGCAAAAUCAAAGUAUGGGAUCUCCAAGCUGCCUUAGACAUUCGAGCACAAACCAAUACGCUGUGCUUGAAAACGUUGGUGGAACACACCGGUCGCGUAUUCCGGUUGCAAUUCGACGAAUUCCAGAUCGUGAGCAGUUCACACGACGACACGAUUCUGAUAUGGGACUUCCUUAACUGUUCGCCGCAGGAGGAAACGACCGCACCGUCCUCCGGUGGCAGCAUCGUCCCGAGCAACCAUCACAACAACAGUGGCAGCAGUAGCGGCAGCGGCUCUAUCGGUGGCGGACCAGCGAUCGGUGGCGUGGUCGGUGUUGGCAUGGGCGGUGGCGGAGGGGGUGGCGGCGGGGGCGACGGUGGUGGCAGCAGCAGCAGUGGUGGAGGCGGUGGCAACCUAAACGGCAGCCUAGCGCUGCAAAACAGGACAAACAACAAUGGUGCCGGCAACAACAACAACAACAACUUGCAGAACGAUGAUCUGAGCGACUAAAACUGAUGAAAUCGUACAUCUUCUUGUUGGGAGUUGAGCUGAGGAGUGUGUGACGACGACGAUGAUGAUGACGAUGAUGAUGAUCGAUCAUCGGGAAUCUGUGGUGUGAAGAAGAAUCCGUAAUCAUCUCCAUACAUACCCCGCUUCCCAUCAGCCCAAACCGAACUUUUUUUUUCUCAAAUGAGCGCGCGUGAUCUUAUUGUAGAGGAAGAGGAGGAGGAGAAGAAGAAAGUGGCUUGCCUUUUCUGUUUGCUACAAACCACAACAACAACAACAACAACAACAUUCAUACACACCGGACAUACAUAGAUACUCACAUGUUCACACCCAAUAUGACGCGCGCAGUGAUACUCUGGAUCCCCUUUUUUUCUUUACCUUUGAAUUCGUAUGUCUUUAGCCCUUUACACCUUCAACUCAACAUCCCCCUCCCCCCCCCCCCCCCCUUCCACCUUUUCGGAAUUUCAUCCUGGCGCUUGCCCGUUCCAUUUUAUUUAUUAAAAUAAUACAUAGUAUAUGAAGUAAACAAUGCAACAGCAAUCGUGGCUUUUGCAGCAGCCGCCGGGCUUCUGCACAGUGUAAUUGAAGGAAAAGAAAGAUUGGUUUACCUUGCAGUUGAAAUCGGUUCACUACGAUCGAUGGGAGAGAGGCACAGGAUGCGCGAAACACAAGACACGGAACGGCCAGCACCCAUUGCGUGUAUAUGUUUUGACGUCUAUCUUGGUUCUUCGCUAACAUCUCUCUCUAUCUCUCUCGCUUGAUCUUUUUCUCUUUACCUUGUUUUCUCUCUUGCUUAUUCUAGUAGCCAACUGCGAUUGUGCCUGCCUCAAAGAAAUUGCUGCAGGAAGUGUGACGAAGAAAAUUCGUCAUAUUCUCCGUUUUUUUUUGCACAGCGAUCGCAUUAGUCUAAACCUGCGUUUAGCUCGUUUUCUGACUCAGUAUUGCUAAGUCCAGCCGAGGAUGGAAUCGACGCUUGUCUUAGCCUUGUUGUAGAAGAAACAGGAAGAGAGCGAGAGAAAGCGAGAGAGCAAGAAAUAACAUGAAUUGAGAACAAGAGAGAGAGAGAGAGAGAGAGGGAAAAUGAACAAAA